AUGGAGAAAGUGAACCAGGCUGUGUCCGAUGCCCUUGAAACGCAUCGUUCAAUCCGAAUUCUAGGUGAUCUGCCUACAGAAAAGUUGAACCCUGAAGAUUAUCUGGGCUCGACUCGAGGAUUAAUCGAAAGCUUCAUUGAUUUUUGGAAAGAAAAGGCUACAUUACGGCUUUUGGCGGUGGAAGUUUGGCCACGACAAACCUACUUUGCGCUCGACUUCAAUAAUGACGAGUACGACUAUGACAACGCCCACACUCAAGUGAUUGUCAUACCUGUCUACCUGCUCCGGCUGUCCAGAAAAAGCCAUACCUGGACAAUCUUUCGACACAAGCCCCAAGACUCAGCACUGGCCAGAAGAAUUGCCGGUCUACAUGAAGGCAAUGGGCAGAACCCCAUCCCCUUCGUUGAAGACCAUAUCAUAGGCGUAACACAUUAUGCCCCUCGGAGCAUUAAAAGUCCUCUCGGUAUAUCUGAGAAACCCACAUGA